CUUCCCCGCAAAUUGAGUACUGACAUUUCUGAGACCAUUUCGACAACCAGGACUCAUUCAACUAGACUGCGCCCCUAGUGAGUGCUGUCUGCGCAGGCGAUUACCUGCCGAAUUCCUCCAGCCAUGUCCCAGACCUUUACCCGUGCCGAGGUUGCACAGCACAACACCGAAGACUCGGUCUGGUGCAUCAUCGAUCACCGCGUCUACGACCUCACCGACUUUCUCGAUGCUCACCCCGGUGGCAGCGUGGUCCUCAACCAGAUCGCCGGCCAAGAUGCCACCACGGACUUCUAUAACCUCCAUCGCCAAGAGGUGUUGGACCGGUACAGCCGUCUGUGCAUCGGCACGGUAGCCGGAGAGAGCCCCGAAGUCGUGACCCCCGAGCCGGGCAGUCUCAGCCAGGUUCCCUACGCCGAGCCGCUGUGGCUGCGGCCCGCGUUCAAGAGCCCCUACUACAACGACAGCCACCGGCGACUACAGAAGGCGCUGCGCGAGUUCACGGACCGAUACGUCACGCCGGAAGCGCAGGAGAAGGAGAGGGACGGCACCUUUAUCAGUCAGGAGCUGAUCGAUCGCAUGGCGGAGACCAAUAUUCUGGCGAUGCGGCUGGGGCCGGGUAAGCAUUUACAUGGACGGAAGUUGCUGGGGGGUGUCGUUGAUGGGAAGGAAUUCGACUAUCUGCACGACUUGGUCGUUUCGCAGGAGCUGGUGAGGGCCAAUGCUCGGGGCUUCCAGGACGGAAAUAUGGCGGGCAUGGCCAUCAGUCUGACCGCCGUUCAGCAAUGGUUGCGCAAUGAACCUCUUCGCCAGCGGAUAACAGAUGAGGUCUUAUCUGGUAAGAAGAAGAUGUGUCUUGCCAUCACGGAAGCCUUUGCGGGCAGCGAUGUGGCUGGUCUACGCACCACGGCUCAGAAGACCCCGGAUGGGAAGUUCUACAUUGUGAAUGGAACCAAGAAAUGGAUCACGAACGGCAUGUUCUCUGACUACUUCGUUACCGGCUGCCGGACAGAGAAAGGCUUCUCGGUGCUCCUGAUCCCUCGCGGGGAGGGUGUCGAGACGAAGCAGAUCAAGACCUCCUACUCCACCGCUGCCGCAACGGCGUUUGUGCAAUUCGAGAAUGUCAAGGUGCCGGUCGACAAUCUCCUGGGUGAAGAGCAUAAGGGUUUCAUUGUCAUCAUGAGCAACUUCAAUCACGAGCGCUUCAUGAUGGCCAGCAGCGUCAUUCGCAUGUGUGCCACCAUUGUCGAGGAGUGUCUGAAAUGGUGCAACCAGCGCAUCGUCUUUGGGAAGAAGCUGAUCGAGCAGCCAGUUAUGCGGCAAAAGCUCGCUCGGAUGAUCUCCCUCUGCGAAUCCAACCAAGCUUGGCUCGAGUCCAUCGCGUACCAAAUGUGCAACAUGAGCUAUGCAGAGCAAUCGGCUCACCUAGGCGGUCCCAUCGGCCUGCUCAAAUCCCACGCCACACGCUCAGCUCAGGAGAUCGCCGAACAAGCUACCAACAUCUUCGGAGGCCGGGGUCUAACGCAAACCGGAAUGGGCAGAGUGAUUGAGAUGUUUCAUCGGACGUACAAGUUCGAUGCUAUUUUGGGUGGCACGGAGGAGAUUCUGGCGGAUCUUGGUGUACGCCAAGCGAUGAAGAAGUUCCCAAAAGCCAUGCUAUAACCUCGUCUCGGUUGCAAGAAUCAACACUGAAUGCAGGCAUUCAUACAAUUAUCCGCAGGACCAAUCGUAGCCAACCCAGUCUG